UGACCUACCUUCCACCACCGACAGAAGAAGGGGGGAAUAAUACAAUUUAUUAUUAUGCGAACGCUUUCAGAUAAUUUCUACGCAGAUGCACAUCAACUUUCUAUUUGACGACUCGUGCCCGUCAUUUCGGAUCGAGCAUCACGAAUUCGCGCCAAAAGGACCCAUCGUGUAACCUAAAAAUCGUCAAGAAAUUCGACCAUUCUUUGCAUAAUAUACAACUUGAGUGCCCAACGGCAAUUUUUAUGUAAUAUGCUGUAAUAAACGAUUAUAUAACAAUCAUUUUGGCCUCAUAUUUUGGUGGUUUGCAAUAGUCUACAAUCUGCCAUGGCGAUGACCGUUUGGCUUUCAAUUUGAUAGUGGUGGUUUUUUUUUUAAAUCUUGUGAGUGUUAGUGUUUUUUUUUAAAUAUUGUGGCAGUGACUUUCAGGAAUUAUUUAGACAUGACAUCAAGAUAGUGAAAAUAAAAAAAACCAAGAUGGCUGCCGCAGACCACAGCGCUGUGCCGAUCAUCAAAAGAAACCACUUGAAAAAUUUGAAAACCAUAGAAAAAUGUAGCGAGAAUGGUACAGUGACUAUCGAUAAAAACUCCGACGCCGACAAUUAUUGUCUAGAGUGCAAUAAUAUGGACAAAAUAGACAAAAUUGGCUUAGAUGUUAACAUGAAUAAAGCGAACAGACUAUCGGAGAUACAAGAGUUCUAUAACGGGAAGAACGUGUUAAUUACAGGGGCAACAGGGUUCCUCGGUAAAAUAUUAGUGGAAAAACUGCUACGAUGCUGCCCGGGCGUGGAGAACCUCUACCUGCUGGUGCGACAAAAACGUGGGAAGGACAUCUACACGAGGAUUGAAGAAGUUUUCGAUGACCCGGUUUUCAGCCGUCUCAAAGAAGAAGUACCAAAGUUCCGACACAAAAUAGUCGCCAUACCGGCGGACUGCGAGGCCGCGGGUUUAGGACUCACCAUUAGUGAUAGGCAGACUCUUAUCGAAAAGGUCAACAUAAUCUUCCAUUCAGCCGCUACUGUUAAGUUCGACGAGCAUUUACGCGCGGCGCUGGUGACGAAUGUGCGGGCACCGCUGUACUUAUUGCAACUGGCCAAAGAUAUUAAGGAAUUAAAGGUGUUCAUGCACAUAUCGACGGCGUACUCCAACUCGCACCUGUACCGCAUCGAGGAGAAGUUCUAUCCCUGCGAGGGUGACAGUGAUAAGCUUCAACGGAUGAUCGACAAAUUGACGGAUGAACAGAUCAACGACGUGCUUCCCACUAUUCUAGGUAAAUGGCCUAACACCUACACAUUUACAAAGGCUUUAGCGGAGAAUGAAUUGAGACUGAAUGCGGGCAACGUACCUCUGGGUAUCUUCCGACCGGCAAUAGUGACGUCAACCGUAAAGGAGCCGCUAAAGUGUUGGUUGGAUAACAUGUACGGCCCGACUGGAGUUGCUGUGGGUGCCGUAACGGGUAUGCUUCGGACGCUACAGUGUGACGAGUCAGUGACUGCGGACCUGGUGCCCGUGGACUCAGUGGUCAAUGGCCUCAUGGUGGCCGCUCACAACGUCCACAAUCAGUAUAAAAGCAGUCCUCCCGCGGAGCCGCCUAUCUUCAACUUCGUGAGCUCGGUGGAGAACAGAAUCACGUGGGGCGACUUCACCGCGCUCAACAUGGCCAGAAUUGACAAACACCCCUUCUCGAAUGCUGUAUGGUACUUCUCCCUCCAAUUAAAUAAGUCUGCGCUGAUGAACCGGAUCUGCAUACUGUUCCUUCAUUUACUGCCGGCAGCUCUCGUCGACGGACUCGCCAUGUGCAUUGGAAAGAAACCCAAGAUGUUAAAGGUGUACCGCAAAAUCCACAAGUUCUCAUCAGUGAUCAGCUACUUCUGCACGCAUGAGAUCGCGUUUUGCAACCAAAGAACGCGCGGGCUUUGGGAAAACACUUCCGACCUAGACAAACAGAUAUUCCCGUUCAGCAUGAGUGAGGUGAACUGGAGCUCGUAUUUCGACGACUAUCUCGCGGGCAUCCGCCGAUACCUGUUCAAGGACACCGACGAUACUCUGCCACAGGCGAGGAUUAAGUGGAAAAGAUUAUACUAUCUUCACCAGAUAGUCCGGAUUCUUUUCGUUGUCCUCAUGUUCUACGCUCUGUGGUCGGUUUUAAGACGCAUUUUUUUAAAUUAAGAAACUAAAAUUUAGUAACCUUCAUUGAUUUUAGUUACAUUUGUACGCAAACAUCAAACUAAAUCAUUAAGCUUCAUUUGCUAUAAUCCGUGGAAAGUGGAAAUGACGAAAAGUUGUAAAUUAUUAAUUACGGAAAUUUAUAAUCUGGUCAAUCUUUAAACUCCACACCAAACAGAUCUUUCAACAUGUACAUACUCUCGCACCUUUUGCUCCGACAUCAUCAGGAGUCACAAAAGACAUUGACUGUACAAUGAACAACUGUUAAGUGAAAAAUUCGCUAAAGCAGUCGCGUUUUAUACCUUUUCAACAUCCUAAAAUUAAUGCUUAGCUUCUAUCAAAUAUUUUAAAAUAAUUUUUAUUUGGAUUCCAAACAAUCUUUUUGAAAAAGGUGGAAUCCUUUGUCAAAAAGAUAAUUAAAUAAUUUAGUUAUGGCUUUGUGUACAUUUGGAUUAUAAUAGUAAAAACAGCAUUAUAGUGUAAGUACCUGACAGAUCUUUAAUCGCUAUUUUAAUCUUAAGCCCACUUGUGCCCAUAAUUUUAAAGUCGUUAAAUUAAUGUCAAUAUUUAAAGAUCUUGUAAGAAAUUGUCAAUAUGACGACACAAGAUUGUAUUUUGACAGCUGUCAUUCAUCUAUUCGAAGUAAUUUAAAAUCAAGCUCAACCUAGAUCUAGUAUGACCUGAGCCUAGAAAUCUGGUUCUUUUAAUCGAUUACCGUGAUACAUUUUGUGUUAAUGUUAGAGGUUUAUAGUCUAAAGAUAUUCCUUGAAAACGAAAUCUUAUCAGACUGCCUGAACCGAUUAUUUAAAUACUAAUUGAUUUUUCUGACCACCAAUAAAUGUAGCAGAUACUUUUUCAAAAGUUUCAAAAACAUUUGCAUGAAUUGCAUAUUUAUCAAAAACUAGAAUAUAUUUUAGUUAUAGCGGAUAUUAAAUAGCAUCCAGAAAACAUUUUACGUGGUUUCAGCCCUCUUCAUAUUUGAGUUGAAGAUGGUUUAAAUCCCAAAAAGUACUUACGAGCUUAAGAUUUUUAUACCUGUACAAAUAAAAAACGAAUGAAGAUGCGAUUUGUCUAUGCUCGCUGCAAUAAUUUUAAUUUAAAAUCAAGGCAAUAAUGGAGUCGUAUGUGUUACCCUGUGUGAUAAUCACACUCAUGAUUGCUGUCUAGCAAUCUAGUCACUUAUUGUAACGGUAAUCUCGCUCAUGUUUGGGAUUAUUACAACUCUGAUAGCUACAGUCACACCCGUGAUUGAAAUGCCACGAUUGCGUUAAUCAAACUAACGACAAGAUGAUCAAAUUCAUGACUGACACUCGUCUUGAUUACUCAUGGUUGAAACCUGUCAAUAAAAAUCCAUGACUGAAAGCUGGCAACAAAAUUAUAAUACCUGACAGGUAUAUUUAAUCUGAGCGUUAUUUAGCACUUAAUUAACUUUAGUAUUAUGUACAGGUGACUAGAUAAGCUGUGUUAAAACAUUUUGUACAACUGUUUAUUACACUUUAUGUUUAUAAAAAUAUUUUAUAAUGUUAUGUACUAAAUAAAAACGGGA